AUGUCGACCGUGACCUCUCGCUUGGCCUUCGCUACGGUGGUCUCCGAAGUCGAAGGCGCAGAUCUCGAGGACACCUACCUCACUCUCGACAGUCGACAGAUCCGACUUCUCACUCUUGGACCUGGGAAAUACGGCGACGAGAUCGUGGGCCAUCUCGAAAUAGUUGACCUCAAGGACGAGCCCAUCUUUGAAGCUCUGUCCUAUUGUUGGGGUGACAGAACUGAUGUUUGCGAGAUCACUGUCGAUCAGCACAAGGUUUGCGUUACGAGGAACUUGUAUAGAGCGCUUCAGAGACUGAGAUAUGAGACCAUUCCUCGCCAAGUCUGGGCUGACGCCAUUUGCAUCAAUCAAGAAGAUGAUGUCGAAAAGGCUCACCAGGUUAACUUGAUGAGGGAUAUCUUUACAAGGGCUUCUGGAACCACGCUCUUUAUCGGCGACUACCAAGACUAUGCAACGCCUUCUAUACCAUUCAGCACAGAGGUCGAACCAGAAUGCCAGGCCGGAGUUGAGAACGCGGUUGCACUUAUCCACAAGCUGGCCGAAGACCACCACAUCUUCUAUCUCGACUUCAACUCUGAUGAAAGCUCUCUGCCAGACAAGUCAUUCCGAGUCCUGUACAAAGCCACCGAAUGCAUACGCUCCCUUGUCACCCAGCCUUGGUGGUCCCGUAUGUGGACCGUCCAAGAAGCCGUCCUCCCAGCUGAUCCAACCGUGCAAUACGGGGCCAUCAAGCUGAGUUGGAUGGCCUUCAGCCAGGCUGUGGAUAGCAUGUUUGGGCACUUUCAAAAAAGAUGCUGCAACAUGAAGGUCCGAAACGACUUGGCUGAGGAGCCGCCAAUUGUGACCUUUUACAAUAAGGUCUCGGCUGUUGAUCGUCGAAGGGAAGAUCCACUGCCACUGAAUAUGCUCUUGGGCAGAUUCCGUGAUCGCAAAGCGACUGAUGCCAGAGAUAUGAUUUAUGGGGUCCUUGGACUUGCGCACGAUGAGGCUACCACGGCAGGAAUCGAAGCUGAUUAUACCAUCGAGACGGUGCAGUUGUAUGCCCGGAUAGCUCUCAAGUUGAUACAGCUACAUGGCGAUCUCCGGCCGUUUAUGCAAGUAUAUCACUUCCAGGGAGAUCGUCUUCAGGGACUGCCUUCAUGGGUUCCGGAUUAUUCGCUCGGUGGCGAUUGGGAAUACUACUCCGUCGCUUUACUGUACGUUCAGGACUUUUGGAAGCCCGUCGACUUGACCCCAUUCAAGCCUCCCGCUGGGGACAACCCUUUGGAGCUGCACGUUUCUGGAAUUCUCUUUGACGACAUCAUAGCUGUUGGCGAUGCAGUGACACCUUGUCCGAGGAAGCAGAUUAUGGAUGUGUUUGACAAGUGGGUUGACCUCGUUCGAUCUCUCGGUUACUGGAGCUCCCGAUAUCCCACUCAAGAGGGCACAUACGAGGACAACAUGUGGAUGAUACUCUGCCGUGGUCUGAUUUGGCUUAACUCGCACGACUACCGAAUGGCAACCCACGAAGACAGACAGCUUGUGGAGGAGGAAAUCCCUACAAUCCCAGACGGAAGGCCGGUCAACAUUGACCUACAGCUGCUGUACUUUCAGCGGUUCUUCAUCACGCGCAAAGGCUAUAUGGGCCUGGCAUCUCCGGAUAUUCAAGUCGGAGACACGGUCCAUGUUUUGGUUGGCGGAAAUACUCCAUUCAUUAUGAGAAAGCCUGGACAGGGCGUCAGCGACCAGAGCAACCAUUUCUCUCUCGUCUCUGCGGCCUUUGUCCAUGGAAUCAUGCAGGGUGGUCUGUUGCCCAAAGAGGAAGAGCUGGAGUCAUUCACGCUUGUUUAG